ACACGUGCGUGUUUGAAACUAUGUAUUUUUGAGAUCUACCAUGGAAACAAACCUUGGGAUGCAUAAGUUCUUAGUCUUACCCUUUCUACUGCUCGGUCUCUUCACCAGAACAACGUAUACAAACAAUGUUUCGAUAUCAGCGGACGUACGUCAUCCAAGAGUAAACGGCCGAAUAGUCAAGCUAUAUUCUGGCAUUAAACCAGAACCAAUCUUGUGUGAUGGCGAAGGCUUCCAAGAGGAUCCGGUUGACUGUGCAGUCUUCUACAGAUGUGUGAUUGGAGCUAACAACAAAUACACCGUUUUCAGAUAUCAAUGCGGACCGGGCACAGUAUAUGACCCUGAUACAGAGAUAUGUAACCACCCUAAAAGCACAAAAAGGAUUAAUUGCGGCGGUUAUGCAGCACCAGCCACUGAACAUCUCAAAGAAAACGAAAUAGAUGGAUCGCGUGUAGAAAUACCAUCUCCAAUAAGCAGGAAUCAAGUAUACCCUGAGCAAGCUUUCAAAGCUGACGCUUCGACUAUCUCAACCCACAAAACUUGGUCUUCAGCCGAUUACAAAAGCACACCAAGUGCAUCUACAUAUUCAUGGACAACCACGGUAAAGCAGCAUCUUAGAGCAACUAUAUCCCCAAUGCCUCGUCAGCCGACUCCAGAAAGUGGAGAACCGUGUACAUCUGACGGGUUUAUGGGUGACAGUGAAAAUUGCCGAAAAUUUUACAGAUGUGUUGGAAAUGGACGAGGUGGUUAUAUCAGAUACGAAUUUUCUUGCAGUGAGCUAACUAUUUGGGAUGAUGAGACACAAGCGUGUAAUCACGCAUGGGCAGUCAAAAAGAGAAGAUGUGGGCGAGGCAGUCCAGAUGAUGAAAAUAAAACCAUCAAAUCUGAUUUAACUAAUGCUGACAAUGAAGUGAAUUCAGAACAAACUAUUCAAUCACAAUUACAAGUAGCUUAUGGCUCUAAAGUUAAUCAAGUACAGACACAAAUAAGCAAAGGUUCCGUGAUACAGAAUCAAACACAAAUAAAUUAUGGUGAACGAAUAAAGGAAAAACCUAAUAGUUCCUAUACAAAACAAAACCAAACUCAAAUAUCACAUGGUUCAGCUGUAAGUCAGACACAGACACAAAUUAAUCACGGUAAUAAAGGAUCCCAAACCCAAUUGCAAAUUGAUCAUUCCAAAGAAUCUAGUCAAAGUCAAACACAAAUACAUGAAACAAACACCGAUCAAACUACAGCUUCUUCAUAUGAUGGAGAGACACAGCGGCCAAACGAUGUCACUGGGAAUGGAAAUAACGAAUGUACUGAAAGUGGCUUCAUGGGAGACUCGGAAAAUUGUAAGAAGUUCUACAGGUGCGUUGACAAUGGAAGAGGUGGAUAUAUAAAAUACGAAUUCACUUGUGGAGAAGGGACUGUAUGGGAUCCUAAUGCAGAAGCAUGCAACCAUGAGUGGGCUGUAAAGGACUGUAAACAUAAAUCACCAUCACAAACACAGAUUCAAAACAGCAAAACUACCACAACAACAACAACAACAACAACAAGAAAACCAACCACAAUAGAAACGAUUCCCGAAGAGGAUGAAGAUGUUGGGUAUGGUGGUCAAAAUCAGAAUAAUGUUGACCAACCAGACCAAAAACCAACAGAAGCCACAAUAUCGAGUACAACAAGUACAGUGACAUCAGCUUCUUCAACAACAUCGUCACCAAAUGGCAAUACUUGCAGAUCGAGUGGAUUUAUGGGUGAUAAAAAUGACUGCAAAAAGUUUUAUAGAUGUGUUGAUGACGGAAAAGGUGGUUAUAUUCGUUAUGAAUUUACAUGUGGCGAGGGUACUGUUUGGGAUCAAAGUAUCGACUCAUGUAAUCAUCCAUCAAAUAAUAACAAAUGUACAGGAAGUGAAACAGCAACCCAAGAAACUGAAAACGAAGGUACAACUCAACCACCAUCUACUGCACAAAGUGACAGUGAUACAGAAGCAAAUAAUCAACUCACUACUACCGCAUCUACUGGAAUACCAGCAAAUAAACCAACAGCUAAUAAAGACUCUUGUACUAAAGGAGGAUUCUUUGGUGAUACAACGAACUGCAAAAAGUUUUACAGAUGUGUCGAAAAUCAGCAAGGUGGCUUUACUAAAUAUGAAUUCACAUGCGGAGAAGGCACAGUAUGGGAUCCAGAAAUUGACGCCUGCAACCAUGAAAGCUCUGUUAAAAAAGGAUGCAGUGCACUAACCGAUGAUCAAACACAACAACAGCCAGAAAACAGUGAAAAUGGUGAGAGUAGUACAUCGCAGCCGAGUACAUCGGGUACAUCAGAGACUACAGAAAAGACUGAACAGAACCAAAGUUCAUCUAAUGACGCCUGUGAGUCGGAAGGAUUUUUUGUCAAUUCAGCUGAUUGCAAGAAGUUUUAUCGGUGUGUUGAUAAUGGUAAAGGAGGCUACACAAAAUACGAUUUUACUUGCGGUGACGGUACCGUUUGGGACCAACAGUCACAAACGUGUAAUCAUGAGUCAGUUGAGAAUAAAUGCUCAGUAACUUCUGAAACAAACCCUUCUGAGAACCCUCCGUCAGAAUCAGGAAGCACUACACAAAUUGCAGACUCCAAUAAUUCAACAACAUCUACGACUAAACGCCCUAAUAAUGAACAAUCUAAUAACGAAGAUCAAUGUGAAUCAGAAGGUUUUUAUGCUAAUUCAAAUGACUGUAAGAAGUUUUACCGAUGUGUAAGCAAUGAUAAGGGAGGGUACACAAAAUACGAUUUCACUUGUGGAGAAGGUACGAUUUGGGUACAAGAAAUACAGGCAUGUGAUCAUGAUAACGAUAUGUCAAACUGUAGUUCCCAAAGUUCCGCUUCUACUACAUCCAGUUCGCAAAAUGGACAAGAUGAACAACCUACCACAAAAGCCUCUACUACUACAACCCAGUCAUCUUUCGAGACGGAAAAUAAUGAAACAUCAAGUGAUUGUACCAAUAAUUCAAGUUCCAGUUCGAAUAAUUCACAGUCAAAUGACUGUAAAAAUGAAGGAUUUUAUCCAAAUAAAAAUGACUGUAAAAAAUUCUACCGAUGUGUUGAUAAUGGGCAAGGAGGGUACACCAAAUAUGACUUUACGUGCGGCGAAGGUACUGCUUGGGAUUCGGAUAUACAAGCUUGUAAUCAUGAAAAUCAAGUGAAAAAUUGUCAAGGUUCACAAGAAGAAAACCAAUCAGAACAAGGAUCUACGGAACAAAAUUCUUCUCAAACAACAGAAGCAACCAGUACAACUAAAACAUCGACAACCGAAUCUUCAAAUGAAAGCAAACCACCAAACAGUAAUGAUAAAUGUGAAAAUGAAGGGUACUUUGGUGACAGCAGUGAUUGCCAAAAGUUUUACAGGUGUGUUGACAACGGCAACGGUGGUUUGACAAAGUACGAUUUUACAUGUGGCGAAGGCACGAUUUGGGAUCAAGAUAUACAAACGUGCAAUCAUCCAGGUGAUGUCCAAAAUCCAUCAUGUAAUAAUAACACAACCCCCACAUCUACAACUACUGAAGCUUCAAGUGAAACAUCGUCAACCACUACUACGGGAUCACCAACAAGCUCUGAAUCGUCAUCAUCCUCGUCAACCACUGAAAGCUCAUCGGACUGUUCUCAAAGUUCCACGCAAAAACCUCAAAAGUCACAAGUCAAUUGCACUAAAGCAGGAUUUUACGCUAAUCCUGACGACUGUAAGAAAUUCUAUAGGUGUGUAGACUGGGACAAUAAUGGUCAAAAGUUUUCGGUUUAUCAUUUUGAAUGUGGAGAAGGUACGAUAUGGGAUCCAGAACUGGAAACAUGUAACCAUGAAGAUUCUGUUUACCCUCCUCGUGACUGUUCUGGGGCUCAAAAUCAAAAUACUGAGGAAUCUACGACAACAACAACAACAACAACUACUACUACUACUUCUACUACUACAACUGAAAAAUCCACAACUCAGGAAUCAAAGACAACUGAAGACUCUACAACGCAACAAUCUACAACUGAAUCAUCAACUACACAAGAAACAUCAACGACUGAAGAUAGUACGACUGAGCAAACUACUACUGAAAAAUCCACAACCACAGAAAAAACGACAACCCAACAAUCUACAACGGAACAAAGUACUACAGAGAAAUCGACGACUACAGAGAAAAGCACUACUCAGUCUAGUACCACAGAGCAAACUACUGAACAAUCCAGUACUACGGAGCAAUCCACUACAGAAAGUACCACCACUGAUCAGACGAGUACUACAGAGCAAUCUACAACGGAACAGUCCAGUACCACACAACAAUCAACUACCAGUGAGGAAACGACAACGGAACAAUCCACUACUGAACAAUCCACUACUGAGCAAUCUACUACGACAACUGAACAAAGUACCACUGAAGGAACGACUGAAAGUUCUACAGAACAAUCAUCUACUACGGAAGAAUCAACCACACAAGAAUCAAGUACAACAGAACAGUCAAGUUCUGAGAGCACUACAACAGAAGAUAAUCAGGAAUCCACUACUGAAAGCACUUCCUCAAGCUCAAAAGAUUGCCCAGAAACGGAGGAUGAUCAAUACCUUUACGUAUGCCCAACUUCAUUUAAGCGGCAUCCGAAAUAUUGUAAUAUGUUCUAUCAGUGCACUGAAGAUAAUGAUACUCAUGAUCUUGACAUAGCUGUUUUCAAAUGUCCUAAUGACACGAUUUAUGAUGAAAGUAAAAAUCAAUGUGUUGAAGAGAAAAAUGCUGACAAGAAAUGUGACGGCGAGAAAGCUGAUAGGCGAAGAGUAAAACGUCUAGGUGCCACCUAUAAGGAACCGAUUGUCGCAAGUAAAGAACCUCUUACUUGUCCAUCAACGGGCCACUUCCCAUUCGAGAAAGCCGAAUGUUCUCCAGCGUUUUUGAAAUGUGAUAAAACGAAAACUGGCAUAUUGAGAGGUUAUGUAAACCAAUGUCCCGAUGGAUACGUAUAUUGGUCAGUGAGCAGAAGAUGUGAAGCGAAGUAUAAAGUAAGAGAUUGUAAGAAGACCACUAAUGACUGGAGCGGACGAUGGGAUAUACCAAUAGACAGAAGUAACGUUGCCACAUAAGAUAAAUAAAAGAUAAA